CAUUUUUUAGGCAGGACCAAGCGGCAAGCUGUACCGCUAGAUGAUCUAAGUGCCACUGUCUGACUAACAGUUAAAGCUCUGGAGCAAGACAAGAUCGAGGCAGGCACUAACUAGUUACUUUGAACAUUAAGCGGGAACUAAGGCGACAUCUAGACUUAGGAAAUAUUCACUCAUCAGAACCUUCCGUCUUACUACUUUAACGAGCUGUGCAAACUUUCACCCUUAACAUUAUCCAUGCUGCCUUUCCAUCUGACCAGAACAACUCGACAUCUACGAUGGGGGUGAAAAAGACAACUCGUAUGAAGAGCCUCACUGCAGGCCGACCUCCUACAGCCAGAAAACCGAAGACAAUAUCAAGGAAAGCUACUAAAUCAUUAAUCAAUGCGCAUCAUCUUCUAGAAAAGAAGAAGGCACAGGCGAUUGCUAAAGGAGACCGAGCUGCCGAAGUUGCUAUUGAUGCUAAGAUCACUGCAUUAGGCGGCAUUGAGAAAUAUCAACAAGCCAGCCUUCAGGGGCAACGCCUUGAUCGUGGUGGGGAUAGUUCUCAUGUCCUAAUGGAAUGGCUCAAACCGACAAUUUCUAAUCAUACUUUACCUAAAGGAGCUCGUUUGAGAAUGCUUGAAGUUGGAGCAUUGAGCACUACAAAUGCAUGUUCAAGGAGCGAGUACUUUGAUAUGAAGAGGAUAGACUUAAACAGCCAAAGCGAAGGCAUUCUUCAGCAAGAUUUCAUGAAGAGACCUUUACCCAAGGAUGACUCGGAACGAUUCGACAUAAUUAGUCUCUCGCUGGUUCUGAAUUUUGUUCCCGAUGCUGCAGGACGAGGCGCAAUGCUUCUGAGAACUUUGGAUUUCUUAAAGCAACCUGAUAUGCAACCCUCCUCUGGACUGCGCGACCUCUUCCCGAGUUUGUUCAUGGUCCUCCCUGCACCAUGUGUUACCAACUCGAGAUACAUGGACGAGCCCCAUAUGGAAUCCAUCAUGAGCACAUUAGGAUAUGUGAAAGUACAAACUAAGGUCACACAAAGACUUGUGUAUUACCUAUGGGUUAGGAAAUCUGGACCUCAGUCUCCCCUGAAGAUAUUCAAAAAACUAGAACUUCGGACCGGACAUUCCAGGAAUAAUUUUGCAGUCGUAAUUCAAGGCCCUUCAAGAUGAUCGAUGAUCGUGUUUCCGAUUAUCUUUAUCUUUGCCAUUCAUGUUGUCAAUUACCAUCAAUGAGGCUUGCAAUCAAAUCAAUUUGACGGGCCUAGGCGUUCGAGCAGAUGUUAUGAGGGAGGGUAUCA